AUACCAUAACGGAUACUUUCGGUGUUUAUAUUAGUAAACUUGUGAACUAGCCACAAAAAAGAUAUUAAAAUGGCCUUCGUUAAAAGUUUGUUGGUUUUAGUUGCUGUGUUACUUGCUCUUGUAGCUGGUGCACCAACACCUGGAGGAUGGGGAGGGCAUCAUGAACAUCACAUAAUUCAUGUUCCGUACCACGUUCACACCGUCCAUCACACUCAUUUAAGAAACGUGGUCGUCCCGGUGCCGAUUGUUAAGAAGAUCUACGUCCAUCCGCAUGUUGACCAUCACGUUCACGGAGGCUGGUGGUAGAAGUUUUCACAAGUUUACAACACCGCUUUUUAUUAUUACAAAAUGUUAUAAUAAAUUAGUACUAUAAGUUAAUUGCUCCAAAGAAAUUUCUUCUACAAAUAGAAAAAUCUUUGAAAGCUACGAUAAUAAGGUGAAGUUCGAGGAAGAUCAAGUUAAUUUUUUUUCGUUGAUGUCCUCGUAGUUACCAAAAAAUUCGUUGUUUUAAUAGUCAAUGUAAAUAUAAUUUUUUGUGUAUUUGUACUUAUGAAUGUAUCCUGUAAAAGAUGUACAAAAUUAAAAUUGAUUUUUUUAUUAUC